AAGAUUUAUAGAAGAUUUUGGUGAAGAAUCUAAAGAAAGUUCUAGUAGAAAGUCUAACAAACAAUCAAAUGAAACUCUCAACAAAUACUCUAAUGAAGCUUCUAAUAAAACUUCUAAUGAAACUUCCAAUGAUAGCUCUAAUGAUAGCUCUAGCAAUGAUUCUAGUAACGAUUUCAGCAACAACUCCAGUGACAACUCUAGCGAUAACAACUUCAAAACUACGAUUUCA